AUGAGAUUGUGUAUAGAUUUAUACUGUAAAAACCCACAUGUGUUAGAUCCACUUCGAAAUUUCAUUAUUCUUCCAAGCAAUAAAACAAUAAGGUAAAAAAUAUGGUAUAUUAUAUACUGACAAAUUUCGUAUACAAUUAAAUUGGAACGUUACUAUAUUGCUAAGUAUAUGACUUAUGUUGCAGUAUGUCCAAAUAAUCAGCCAGUUUAAGUAUACUGUUUAAUAAACUCGCAGGUCGAGUUUAUUAAACGGCUUCAAACACGACUACAAAUUCAAUAGAUAUACUGCCUUAUUACUGUUAUUAGCAUUCUAUAUAUAAAGAAUACUAAUGAGGACACGACUACAAUAGAUACUGCCUUAUUAGUAUUUUUUAUAUAAAGAAUACUAAUUAGGAGUGUUUUAUCAGGUUUAAAGCCACUGCACGUGACAUAUUAUGGUUGACAUGAUUUGCAAAUAAGCUUAUGAAUUAUUAAUUAGUGUUUGAAGGCAAUAUAAUCGAUGAUCCAGUGAAUAACGUUUGGCUUUCUAAUUAUAAACUCUGAGAUGUGUAAGUUUCAGAAAGACCGAAAUCGCACAUGAUAUAGGAGUGAUUUUACAUGAUAAAAAGUUAAAGUUGCGUUUUAUUUAUUUUUUUAUUUUUAUUUUUAUUAGACUGCAUAAAAACAGAAUACAAGAAUCUGUAGGAUGGAAUGAAAAGGUACUUCAGUGGUGCCUGGAUGAAGCAAUUGCAAAAGGACUGAGUGAAUCUGAUUUUUGGGGAGGAUUUGCAUUAGAUGAGAUGAAAAUUCAGGUAAAUAAUUAAAACAUAUUAAAUUUUUAAUGACAUUUAUUCAAUAUUAUAUAUAAAUGUGUAUGCGAUUUAAUGUAAAUUUUGCUAAAAAAAAGGAAAACAUAGAGAUGUCCGUUAAAGAUGGCAAAUACAAGAUCGUUGGUUUGCUGGACCUGGGCGAAGCACACGAUGUAAUGCGAACCUUAACAGGUAUGGCCAGCUAAACAAUAUAAGUAUAGUCUACUAUAGAUAGUCAAGUGCGAAUUCUUUGGCACAUUAUGUGGCAAAUCUAAUUUUAAAUGAUUAUAUUAAUUAUUUACAGGCGAUUCAGACGAACCUGAUUUGGCAACCCAAGUUUUGCAGUUUAUAUUCCUAAGUGAUUGCGGCUUGCGUUUUCCCAUUGCACAGUAUCCUUCUGGGAAUUGCACACCUAGUGAUCUUUACUUUCUUUUCUGGGAGGGAGUUCUAAGGAUGCAAGAAUAUGGUUUUAUGUAAGCGAAUACAACUAUAGUGAUUAAAUUGAGAUAUAGCUAAUAUAAAAUAUGACUAUAACAAUUAAAAUAUAAUUCAGUCGCUCAUCAAUCGGGUUUUCAUUCCUUUUCCCAUCCACAUCAUAAUGUCAUGCAUUGACGACAUGACCGAACAUUGUAAUAGAAAUUUUCCUUUUCAUGUUUUUUUGCUGGCAAGAUAAAUACAUUUAAUAUAUGCAUGUGUUCAUUCAUUUUUUAAACUGUAGUAUAUACUGGUGUGUCUUGGAUGGUGCUGAAUGCAAUCGCCAAUUUGUUAAAAUGCAUUUCAAGGGAAAAGAUUAUGUGGAACAGAAUUUCAUGACAUGUAAUGUCUACACUGGACGUCCUAUGAUAUUUAUAAUGGAUCCUAAGGUACUGACUAUGCAUACAUAUUAUGAUUGUGAUAUACCGUCCGUUUUCGUAAACUUGUUCCAAGUCUGUCUGUUUUAAUACCGUUUUCAUACCGUUCUCAUAUUGUUAUCCGUUCACAAUGGAAUAGAGAAAAAUAUUAUAAUUCCCUCAAACAAUACGAAAAUUUGCGCGCUUAAUAAACGGGUAAUAGUGUUUUAUUAAGUUUAAAUAACAAGUGCACAGCCCGAGCGCAUGGUAUUAUAGACCCAAUUAAAACGUCCUAUAUGAUCGAAUUAGAGAUUAUUUUAUAAAGAAUACUAAUAAAAAUAGAGUACUCAUAUAUAGAGUACUAAUGAAUAUGAGUUUUAUCAGGUAUAAAGACAUGCACUUUAAUUUAUGUUACAUAUAUAAUGGUUAACAUGAUUUGCCAUAAAUCAUAUGAAUUAAUAAAUAAUUAUUUUUGAAAGUAUAAAUUGUAAUUUGUGCUGAGUAAAUUCUUUACCACCUCGUUUAAACAAUAAAAUAUGUAUCACAUUAAGGUGGUGAACCAAACAUUUUAUACUUGUGAUAUGAUGUAUAAGCACCGAGCCGUAAUUUUCAUUGUUGGAACAACGAUACAUGAUACAUGACAUAUAUAUAUAUAUAUAUAUAUAUAUAUAUAUAUAUAUAAACGGCUGUCUUUCUUGUAGCAUAACACUAAGAAGUUGAGGAACAACAUCUUAAAAAGUAACGCGAGUGGGAAGCCAAGGUAUCUUUUAAUGAAUGGUAAUGCUAUCACUUGGUAUCAACUCAAAGCUGCGUUUCAAUGGGAUCAAAGCAGUUUUUCUUUGCCCUUACAUGAAAAACUAACAUUGCAGCAUUUUGAACUGGAUUCCGCCAGUAAGAUGAGAAAUCAUCUCGCAGAAGAUGUGCUUGAUAGAAAAAUGCUUUUCCUUAUGCAGGUUGGUAUAUACUAGUGCACAAUAUUCACAAACUUUGUCCAUGGUCAUGGUCAAAGACAAAAUUAAAGAUGUCAGAAGAGUAAAAAGUAGAAAAGUAUGCCUACAACAAAUCAUGUAUAAAAUAUUUGUCUAUUUCUUAUAGAGGUAUCAGCAGCAUUUGGAUGAAACAGGAAGUGAUGGAGCAACCAUUGCUGCCACUAUCGCAUUGCUUGAGCACACCAGUUCCAUGAUCAGUCUGUUUAAUGACAAGCUUUACAUCAAUAGUGUAUACGACGAGAGGUUAACGAAACUGCAGCAAUUAUAUAACAUGAUGGCUGAUUGGUAUAUACAAUGUAAGGAAUCAAAGAAUCUGUUUGUUUCGGAUAAACUUUGGUUUGACUUACAGUCUAUGUGCAUCGGUUUCAAAUCACUGGUGGCUUUCAAACUUAGUAAGUUUCCAAAUUCUGUAAUCAAACCUGCAAUAGUUAACCAAGAUUGCGUGGAAAACCACUUCUGCCAGGUUCGAGCUUGUAACGGUCAGAAUAACAAUCCAACGUACCUUCAGCAACAAUCGAUUCAGAAUUCGAUACGGUUUGGUCAGACUUUAAUCAGCAAAAAGAGCAAUGCCGGUAAACCGAAACGUAUUUAG